AUGAGUUUAAUGCUCGCCUGUUUGGCCAUCAUUUUUAUAGCACCAGAUUUGGCUUUGGCUCAGACAAUAAACCAAGCAGACAAUGAACUAGAUGAGGCUUUUAGAGAAGCUAUGAUUGUACCCGACGUCAUCCCUGAAUCACCGAAAUAUAAAUUACAAGCAAAUUUUGAAAAUGCGGAUAUUAAUUUAGGGAAUGAAAUAAAUGUGAUAGACACAAUGUAUAUACCCAAUAUAGGAUAUAACGAAGUAGAGGCCAACAGCAGUCAUACCUUUCUCAUAAUUUGUCCUGAUGAUUCUUUUUCAAAUUCUUCAUUUGGCAGUUCAUACCUCGUAACAUUGUGGGUCAAUCUGGAGAACGUAACGGACGUAAUUGAAUCACAGCUAGGCUCCGAAAUUGCAAGCUAUCUACUACCAUCUAAUCUUAAAGAAGAAAACAGCUCAAAGCUUUUUAUUUUGCUUCUAUAUAAGCAAGAUGAGUUACUUAACAUAACAGAUAAGGAUAGACUCAACAACCGCCAAAAUUUCUCAAUCGCUGAUUUUGUAGAAAACUAUAAUCUCUCGCAUCCUAUAGCAGGCAACUUCUACAACACAACACCAGAUCAGCAGUCUGCUAAACUGUCAGAUACGCCAUUAGACAAACAAUCGAAAAAACAUGAUAAAGAGCAACCAGAAAUGCAAUCUGCACAACAAGUGAAACUGCCACCUCGUUUUAGGCUAUUGUAUAAGCUAACAACCGAGUCUCCAGAUGAGUCUAGCUAUGAACUAUCUUAUGAACCAACUACUAGACCAACGCGUAGGCCAAAAUCUAGGCCAGUGUAUACACCAAAGCAAACGCAUAAGCCAAAGAAUAAAUCAAAGUAUAGGCCUUCGUAUAAGACUACAAGGCCCCAUAAGCUUUUAGCCAAGUCAUCAGAAUAUUCAAAUGAGAAGUCGGAAGAACAGUCGUCAGAAGAGUCAACGGAAGAGUCGUCAGAUGAUAUGUCAAGCGAAUCAGAUAAGUCAAAGUCUUCAGACGAGUCCGAAGAGUCUUCAGACGAGUCACAGGAGUCUUCAGACGAGUCAGAGAAGUUUUCAAACGAGGCGUCACAAGAGUCAGAGGAGUCUUCAGAUGAUAGGUCAGAUAAUUCAGACGAAUCUUUAGACAAUACAGAGGAAUCGUCAGAAGAUAACUGUAAUGACAAAGAGAAGUCUUCAGAUGAGUCAGAGGAGACUCAAGAUGAGUCUUAUGAGUUUUUACACGAGUGUUAG